AUGCUGAGCCAGCCGAAUAUGCAAAUUUUCCACAGUGUGCGCUCCCCUCUGUGGCGAUUGAAGCAGGCGCAUCCUGCUUGUCUCCAUACUCCGAUAGACCCUCGACUAUCGCUCGCACCCCAAACGCCAGCCUCUCGACCGUUUUCGCGAUGGGCCACCGGCUUGUCUUCCAUAAAAGAGCCUCUACGACUUCGGCCACACAAAUGUGCUUAUCGAGGCCCUCCCGCGUCCACCUUCACCAAAAACCUCCCAGCGAGCCGCCGGCCAUUCUCCUCUGGCCAACGCUUCCACUACUACCGAAAUCAGUAUAACCGUUUCGCGGGCACAGGAGUCACAACAUUGCUCUUCCGGUUCUUGCGAAAUGCAAAACCGGAGCACUAUCUAGUGGUUGGGGUUAUCGCUUCGGGUCUUUAUCUAUACAACACGGAUGAAGUCGAGAUGACCGGCCGGCGACGGUUCAACUGCAUCUCCCACAGACGGGAGCUUAUGAUGGGCGCUGAAAUCUACCAAGAGAUACUUGAUGAGAAUCGCGGCCGACUACUCCCAGACGACCAUCCAUUGACAGAGGCGAUUGAUGGAGUACUGCAGCGGUUGAUUCCACAAGCACGCAUCGAGGGCGCCGAGUGGAAAGUCCAUGUUAUCAACGACGACAACACUGCCAAUGCUUUUGUGCUUCCUGGUGGUCAAGUCUUUGUGUAUACCGGUAUCAUGCCCAUGUGCAGAGAUAUGCACGGAGUAGCCGCCGUCCUGGGACAUGAGAUUGCACAUGUCAUCGCCCACCAUUACGGCGAGCGUAUGAGCCACCGCUUUUUGAGUCUCGCAGCGAUAUAUCUCAUCUCGUUCCUGUUUGAUAUUUCGGGGGAAUUCCCCUCGUUGUUUAUGGACAUACUAUACAAAUUGCCGAAUUCGCGAAUCCAAGAGGCCGAAGCAGAUAGCAUGGGACUGACGAUGAUGUCCAAGGCAUGCUACAACCCCGAGGCCGCCGCAGAUUUCUGGGCCCGGAUGCAAGAACGAGAAAAACAAGCCCCGCCUCAAUUUAUGUCCACCCACCCAGCGACGUACAACCGUCUUGAGGCCAUUCGAGGCUGGAUGCUCAAGGCCAUGGCAAUCUACCAAGACAGUGGGUGUGAAGCCUUGGGCUUUAUAAGGCCCUCGCAAGCGGGUCUCUUCAAGCCUGGGUACCAGAGCCACGACGCCGAAGAUGGAGCCGUCAUCCGCAACAUCGAGGCCUGCCAGGCCAUCUCGCAGACCGUGCAGACCUCGCUGGGCCCGUACGGCCGCAACAAGAUCGUCAUCAACCACCUGCAGAAGAUGAUUCUAACCUCGGAUGCCGCCACUAUCCUGCGCGAGCUCGAUGUCGUGCAUCCCGCGGCGAAGCUGCUCGUUAUGGCGAGCCAGCAGCAGGAUGCGGAGAUGGGGGACGGUACUAACCUGGUUAUUGUGCUGGCGGGCGAGCUGCUUAAGAAGGCGGAGGAGUUGAUUCGCUUGGGGUUGAAGACGAGUGAUAUUGUGCAGGGAUAUGAAAAGGCUUCGAACUUUGCUUUGAAGGUUCUAGAGGAACUCGAAGUCGACCGGCUCCAGGAGAUGCGGUCGCAGACGGAGCUCAGCAAGGCUCUGCGGACGGUCGUGGCGAGCAAGCAGUCUGGUACGGAGGAUAUCCUGGCGAAUCUGGUUGCGGAGGCAGUGCUCGCGGUGCUGCCGAAGAACCCCCUCAACUUCAACGUCGACAAUGUGCGGGUCGUCAAGAUCAUGGGUGGCAGCCUGGAGCAGUCUCGGGUGAUCAAGGGUAUGGUGUUCGGCCGGGAGCCGGAUGGAAUUGUCAAGCAGGCCCGCAAGGCCAAGGUGGGCGUAUUCAGCUGCCCCAUCGACGUCAGCCAGACCGAGACCAAGGGCACGGUACUCUUGAAAAACGCACAGGAGAUGGUCGACUACACCAAGGGCGAGGAGGAGCGUCUGGAAACUGCGAUCAAGGAGCUCUACGACUCCGGACUCCGUGUGGUCGUGGCAGGUUCCACUGUCGGCGAACUGGCCAUGCAUUACCUCAACCGGUUUAACAUCUUGGUGGUCAAGAUUCUUUCCAAGUUCGAGCUUCGUCGUCUGUGCCGCGUGGUCGGUGCGACGCCGCUGGCCCGCCUGGGCGCUCCCAUGCCGGACGAGAUGGGCGCCGUGGAUGUGGUUGAGACGACCGAGAUUGGUGGAGAUCGUGUCACCGUUUUCCGACAGGAGGAUGCCAACGCUGUGACUCGCACGGCGACCAUCGUGCUGCGCGGUGCUACGCAGAACCACCUGGAAGAUGUCGAGCGCGCCAUUGACGACGGCGUGAACGUGGUCAAGGCCAUCACCAAGGACCCGCGCUUGGUGCCCGGCGCCGGUGCCACCGAGAUCCAGCUCGUCGAGCGCAUUUCCAACUUCGCCGACAAGACCCCGGGCCUGCCGCAACAUGCCAUCCGAAAGUACGCCGAGGCUUUCGAAGUCAUCCCGCGCACGCUGGCCGAGUCUGCUGGUCUGGAUGCCACCGAGGUGCUCUCCCGCCUGUACACCGCGCACCACCGCACCACCACGGCCAACGGCCAGUCCGAAUCCUCCGGAGAGGAAGAGGAGGGUAGCUCGUCUGACGAGGAGGAGCCCUACUGGACUACGGGUGUUGAUCUUGAGGUCGGCUCCUCGGCCGGUACGCUGGAUGCCGUCGAGGAGGGCAUUUUGGACUUGAUGGCGUCCAAGAGCUGGGCCAUCCGGCUGGCCAGCGAGGCUGCUCGGACGGUACUUGGCGUCGACCAGAUCAUCGUCGCUCGCCAGGCUGGUGGGCCGAAACCGCCGGGACCGAACCCCAACUGGGAUGAGGAUUAA